CCAAAACCAAGUUGAGUUAAGAGUUAAGAAUAAACACCCAUCUGGAGUUAAACUCAACUUCCCAAACGAGCGAUGAAGGCGGCGUACAAGGCUGAGUGAGUUUUGCCGCUGAAUUGCGGUAAACCAGGCAUGAAAAUCGUUAAAAUUUCAUGAACUUCCUUUGUACUACCAAAACUAAACCCUUGUUCGUUCCUUCUACUUGCCCAAGCUCUUUUAGACACCAAAUCUUGUCUAAACAACAAAUUCAGUAUCUUAAGGGUUUCGAACCUGCGACCUCAUGGCGUCCGAGAUCUGUGAAAAUUCCACCGCAAAACUGAACAAUGGCGCUGAUCUGCACAUGGCGAAGCAAAAUGCUGUGCCAGAGGAUUCGAUCCAGCGACUUGUGGAAGAGUGUUUGCCAGAUCUGGAUGCCACAGUUCAGGCGUGCGUGCAAAUGUCCAUGGAAGGAGUGGGAGGCCUGGGGAUCGAACACUGGGUGGGCGAUGGCAAAGACAGGCCCUUUCGGAGCGCCGACAUUUUCUCCUACAAAGCUUUGCUCGAUUUUGUUUCCAAGAAUCGCCACCGAAUUUGCGAUUCGCAGGAUUUCUUGCACUACAUUGGGCCUUGGUAUGACUGGGCUCUCGGUACGGCCGAGUCUAAGCUCACGGUCACAUGGAUGCGCAGAUCCGAAUUUGCUGAUCUCGGUAAGGAGGAGCUCGUUAAGCAGAUCAGAGAAGAGGUGCUCACAAAUCAUCUUUAAUUGUUUGUUUUAGCGUUUUCUGAGAUUUCCAGAGCGUAUUCUUUUCUCAAUUCGAUGUUUAACCUGUUUUUUGUUCUGGAAAUAAUAUGUCAUGGAGAGUUGUGAUUUAUUUUCUCCACAGGCCUUGCAGUUAGUUGCAUUCAUUUCUCUCUUUAUAUAUUUUCUAUUUCCUUUAAUUUUAAGAAAAUAUUAUUAUCUGUUUCUGUUGA